UGGUCCAAUCCCAGGCGCAGGCCCAACAGCUGCAGGCGCUUGUCAACGCCACUCAGCAGAUCCUACAGGUGGCCCCAGGUGGGAUUGGACACCUUCAUCACCUCGACCAGCAGGCUCAGGCGUAGCAGCAACAGCAACGGGAGCCCUGCCCAACGGAGAAGCCACUGAGGCGCUUCGAGGAGGGCCAAAGCGCGCAUCAUGUACAAAUACGCGCUGGGCCACCUGCCCAAGGACCGAACCCAGGAGCUAUUUAAGGCCUACACCAUACACGACAAGAAGUACGGCAAUCGGAAUGGCAUCGAGGAGCUGAUACCGCACAAGCAGUUCACAUUCAGCAAGCUGUGGCUGCUCUACGCCCAGUUCGAGAUCCGCUACAAGGAGCUGCAGCGGGUUCGCAAGGCCCUUGGCCUGGCCAUCGGUAUGUGUCCGCGCGACAAGCUCGUUUUCGGCUACAUCGACCUGUAGAUCCAAUUGCGCGAGUUCGAGCGCUGCCGGCUGCUGUACGAGCAGUUCCUGGAGUUCGGACCGGAGAACUGUAUCACAUGGAUGAAGUUCGCACUACGGCUGGACUGCAGUCCUUCAGCUCGAACCAGGUCAUCCUGAGGGGCCAGCCAGACGGAGCCUCGGGCAUGUUUAUCCGACAAUCGGCCACGCAGACCCUGCAAACGCAGCAGAACUAUUAUCCAGUGAAAUGUGACCCAGACGCCCUCUAAGGCUCGGACCCAAUUGGACACACUUGCCCCGAAGCAGCAGCAACAGCAGAAGCAGUAGUUGGCGGUAGCCACUGCUCGGUUGCAGCAGCAGCAACAACUCAG